AAAUAUAUUUGAGGAAGUGAGCUACAAUCCUCUAUGAUUCUGGCAACGAAGAAACUGUUAUCACGUGAAGCUACAUCCUUCUUUUCUUUUUUUCUUUUGUUUUCUCUUAUCCUCAUGAGGAUAAGAAUCUUACUCAGCAUUUUUGGCUGCUAUCAUCUGUUUCUAGUAUAUUUCCCUUAGUAUUGGAAUACAGUAUAGAGAAAUGGUUAUAGUCUUGAAUAGAACCAAAACCAACCAUGCUUAAGGCAUAGGGGUGGAGCAAACACCUGUACCGUAGAUUUUAAUGCUAUUUUUCUUCACAUAAAAAACCUUGUUUUUUUUUAAUCUCAUCUAAAUUCUAAAAUAUCUCGACUACUGUUUGUUUAUGAUGAGCUGAUGAAGGGAUGGCAUUCCUUUAGUACCUCAUUAUAUUAUGACGUGAUAGUUAUUGCUUGGAUUUGAAUCUUGAUCUUAACCACAAAAACCAGUGAUAGAUAUUUGCCUUCCUUAUUGUUCUUUUUGUUUUGUGUCUGAAGCUUUUGAAGUUUUCUGUGCUGAUAAGGAUUAUUCUUGAAUGUUACUCAUUGUUUUUAAUCAGGCGUGACCGAUACUAGAUGCAUGAAUGCUGCCCAAGAAGAAAAUGAAUACGAAACCGUUCUUGCUUAUAUAUUGGGAGGUGCUCGCUGUUUUUCCAGUUCUGGCCACCGUCGGACUGGAUCUCUGCUGCGGCGUCCUGGAGAUCUUGCGCCAUCCUCUCCAGAGUAGUUUGAAGGGUGUCUCAUGGCUGGAUCGGUCGACCUUAGGUUGCUCGAGUGAUUUCACCUCUCUUCCUCCCAUGCAUCGGGCCUACUCUGCUUUACUUCUCCAGUUUGUUCUUUUCUGUGUUUGUUACCCUUGUCCUUUUAGAUAAGGACUGGUUGUAGAUGCUGUAUGGCAGUUCCUUAAUGCAAUG